AUGUGCCAGUUUUGGGAUUCAGCUUCUCAACUGUUUCAGUCAUGGUGGCGUGGUGUGAAGAUUCGGCGAAUCUUCCGACUGCGGUUGCUUGAGAGGCGUGUUCAUCGGUGUGAAGCAAUAAUAAGGGAGAAAUCAGACAGAGUGUUAAGUCUGGAAAACCGAUUGUCCGAUAUGAAACAUGAUCUGGAACGGGUCAAAGGAGCAAACAAACAACAGUCCCUGUGGAUCGCAGAGAUGCGCGAAUCCAUUUCAGAAUUGGCUGAAACAUGUAACAAGCGUGAAAAAUAUAUAUUAAAUAAGCUACUGCCAGUCCCCGCACAAAUGCAAUAUAUACGUAAAUCUGAGAACGAAAUUUUGCUACAAUGGCGGAACUUUCCGUGCUUAGAAGAACCAAGAGGGUACUUAGUAACAGUUGAUGAUCGCCCGUGCGGAAUAAUAAAAGGCCUUCAAAAAAGAGCACGCGUUACUGAUCUGGAUGGAAACAAAGAAUCUGUGUAA